AAUUUUACAUCGUUUUCUUAAGCAUCUCUAUAAGUGAAGAGUCACUGGUUUACUGCUGGAACCCAGACAUAAAAGGAAGCGGAGCACCCAGGGCAAUACAACAUUAAAAGCUCUCCACACAAAAGAAUUUUACAAGGCAUAAUGACUGAAGAUUCUUCCGCUGACUUGGAUUUCUCUGGAGCUUUGCAGAGACUGAGAGAACAUGACCCAAAUACCGCUGUUGCAAAGGCUAAAGAGGAACUGCACAGUCUUGACAGUGUGACUCUGAAUAUUGCAGUGACUGGGGAAACAGGAGCAGGAAAGUCUGCCUUCAUCAAUGCAUUUCGAGGUCUGAAUGAUGAUGAUGACAAUUCUGCACCAACAGGAAUAACCGAAACAACAAAGGUAGCUACUAUGUACACCCAUCCCGCCAAGUCAAAUGUCAGACUGUGGGACCUGCCAGGGACUGGGAUGCCUAAUUUCAAGGCGAACAAAUUCCUCAAGGAAGUGCAAUUUGAAACGUAUGAUUCAUUUAUCAUCAUUUCCUCAGAGAGGUUCAAGGAAAAUGAUGUCUUUCUGGCCAAAGAGAUUCAAAAGAAGCAGAAGAGGUUUUAUUUCGUCCGGACUAAGAUUGAUAAUGACAUUCGGUCAGUGUUGAAGACAAGAAGACAUUUCGAUGAGCAACAGGUACUCUGCACAAUUAGAGAGGACUGCCAGAGCAACGUGAAGGAGCUAGGAAACCCCAAGGUGUUUCUGAUAUCCUCUUAUGAUUUGGGAAAAUAUGAUUUCCAUGACCUGGUAGAUACCCUAGAGUCAGAGCUUUCAGAAUACAAGAGAUUUGCUCUGGUCCAGUCUGUGCCUGUGUGCUCUCUGGCUAUGCUAGAGAAGAAGAAAGAGGUUUUGGAGAAUUUUAUUUGGCUUGCAGCACUGGGCUCAAGCCUGGGUGCUCUUAUCCCAUUGCCUUUAUUAUCUCUGGCCAUUGACAAGACGGUUUUGUUGACCUAUCUCGUAAGUUGUCAUAACGCUUUGGGUUUGAAUGAGCAAUCACUCAUCAAACUGUCAGAGAGAGUGAACAAGCCUCUCUCGCAGCUAAAUUCGGCUAUAAAGUCUCCUAUAGCAUUAGCAUUAGUAGACAAAAUGGCAAUUAGGCCUCGUACAGCUAUGACAAAACCAGUGAAAAGUUUAGAGGAUCUGCUUGAUGCUAGAUUACUUGUAACCAGUUUUAUGAAUGCGACUGAGGCCUUCAGAUCAACAUACAAUGUCUUGCAAGGGGCUCUAAAUGAAAUGAUAAAUGACAUGAGACAGGUCCUUCAAGCUGCAGGUUUGGAUUAAUAAAAAUCAAGCUAGUACAGCAGAGAUGCAUGCAGUUCAAUAGUUGGAAUUAUAUUGAAUAUUGUCCAGUUAUGUUCUUCAUAUUUGAUUGUAGUGUAUGUCACAUGGAAUGGAAUACAUAGAAUAAUAUGCAUUUAGACAUCUAAAUGGGUAAAAUGUGUGAUUGUUUAAGGGAAUCUGGUGGUUUGUGCGAAAAAGUCUGCCUACUUGCUAUUAUACCAUUAUGUAGAUUUUAGGACUAUUAACUGAAAAUGUAAUGUUUUACUUGUUUUACGGUGUAUUAAAUAUGUUUAUGUUACCUUCUACUAAACAAUACACAUUUUCUGUAUGUUCUGGGUUUUUAAAUACAUGUCAAUUGGUUUUAUGUAUAUUGUUAUAUACUGAGACAAAAGAUAAAUGGCAGUGGCAGGUGUUGAUUUUCAGGAUUUACUAGUUGUAUGUGUAUUACAACAUCCAGGCUCAAGGGCACUUGUAUUAUUGAAAAUAUGUGUGGUUACGUCCGAAGUCUAAAUGUAAUAAAAUUUAA